AUGCUUGCUCGAGUUGCAAGAAGGGGGAUGGAAUAUACUCUGGCUGUGUUACGAUUCCGGGGCUGUCCCAUUGCGCUGCCUGCCACCAUAGCGGCAACCAGGGUUCGGUGCGACGAAGACAGAGCACUAGUUCAACAGGCGGAGUCCGCAAAAACGCAGCAGGGGGACGGCGAUGAGAUAGUCCUCGAAGACAGCCUAGCGCUGGCUCGCCAGAAAUUGCUGUUAUACCAGGGCCUGGUGGAAACGACCGCCGGACAAAUCAUGUGCCCGGAAGAUGCUCUGGUGAUCAUUCGUGCGGAAAAGGAGAAAGCUGCUAAAGGCAACGCUGGACAUUAA